AUGCAACAAGAAUAUCAACCAACUACCACCAACAGCACUACUCAAACAAAAGACGAGAAAAUCGUCAACAACACUACUAACCCACCACUUCAAAGUGCGCAAUCUCCAACUUUCAUUAGUACUAGUUUAAAAUCUUCAUCAUCGGUGGAACAAUCAAAUAGUAGAAGAAGUUCUGUGGAUUAUCUGCGUGAGGUAGCUGAAGUGGGUCAACAAGAUUUAAAUGAAAAUGCCAGCCGUCAAACUGAUGCCAACACUCUUAUUCAAACAUUUAUAGACAUGGUAAACAUGGAGGAUGAAAAUUGGAAGAAGAGGAAGAGAGACCCAAGCAAUAAUAGUGAAGAAGCAACUACAUGCAAUGUUGACCAACAUGAGCAUGCAUGUUAUGACCAGCAUGCUAUUUGGGAUAUUAUACCUCAAAAGUUUGCACAUGUAAAAUUGCAUGCACAUGAAUUACCUUCAACUGAGUUUUGUAAGAUAAUGUUUCUGUAUGGAUGGGCCUAUUCAAAGUAUUUGGUGCAUACAAGAGAAAUGAAUGCUGGAAUCACCCAAAGCAAGGUAUCCUCGCCUACCUCACCAGUUCUAUCGCAGGAUGGGUCCAGUGACGAUUCAACUUCAAAUAUUGUUGAGCCUCCACAAAAGAAACUAGCUCGCAAUCCCAACACAAGUAAGCUGGAAUAAACCUAGACCAAAAAUUUUCA